CUGAAACAUAAUAUCUUAUUCCUAUAAAGUGGCUCGAGAAGAUGAAUGAUUUGUCCGUUAUUCUCAUUAGAUGAGUGUUCUAGAUUGAAAAACGUUUUUUUAGUCUAUCUGCACAUUUUUAACUUGCAAAGCGCACUAAUCAAAAGUUUAAUUUGUAAUCACUGUUUGGUGGUCAUGGGUACUAAGAAAAUACAGAAUGAUACAACACAUUUCUUGGCCGAUUUUCGCAGAUUGUUGAAGAGGCAUUUGGUACUAGUGAACGAACAACUUACAGUCCUGAUCUAGCUGAGUUGAUGAAAGAAGGUGAAAAACGGAGAAACUGGGCAGUGAGCAUUUUGGAACAACUUGAAAAUGUGAUUCAACCAAAUCCAGCCCUACGAAUUGAAGAUCUUAUACUUAGAGGAAUGAAUAGGGAGAAAGUUCGCCUGAGUGCUAAUGAACAGUUAGGUGAAAGUAUGGAUCGUAUUAGUGGCCUAAUUAAUAAAAACUCACAAUAUGGUUCAUCGGGUGAUGCACUUAAGAAAUGUGCAAUGGCUCAAAUGGAAAUUGGACAAUCUGAAAGAAAAUUGCAAGAAACUGUCACUUCAGAAUACAUUAAAUGGUUACGCUCCUACAUAGCGUCUGAAGCCAAAUUAGCAAAACAAGAACGAGAAAAAUUGGAAAAUGCUCGAUUGGAUUUAGAUCGUAUUAAAACAUCAAAGAAACGUGCAAAAGAUAACAAACAACAUACAUUUGAUCAAUCGUUGAAAGAUGCCGAAUCAGCAUUCAAUAUUCAGUGUGAAACCACUAGACGUUGUUUACAAGAAAGCAUAGACAAAUUUGACUCACAAAAAGAAGAGUUGAAAAAACUUUUAAAAGCUCAAUCGGAACACUUUAGAGUAUGUUCAGAUGCAGUGGAAUCGGCAUUACGUGCGAUCUAAAAAAAAAAAUCCGGGAACUCAGACUAAUUCAAAAAGAAGAAUGAAGACGUGAGGGUCCUUCUUUAAUAAUAAUAUUAAUAGUAAUAAAGCGAAUGGAUUUCUGAUAAUGUUCCUCAACAUUUAUAUCAUUUUAUCAUUUCGUAUUUACAAACUACUUAUAUUUCUACUUAAAUAUCUGUGAUACAUUUAGAAUUUUUUUGAAUGUCACUUUUUCAUACAAAUGUUUUCUUUAACAAUUACUUGUGUUGUUUCAUAACGAUUUCACACGUAUAAAAGGAAAUAAAUGCAGAAUAAAUGUUGAUUUCUUCCGCGUCUUAUUGUUAUAGAUAGUUUUGCAGGAGAAAAUCAUUUAUUAUUUUUAUAGCAAAUAACAUCACGUGAAAUUCUACUUCAA